CAGUCUCUAGUGCGGCGCGUGUUUGUGUUGCCAUAGGAACCGGACGCGUUUGCCGCGACAGACGCUCCGUCUUUCGAUAAUCAGCAGCAAUAAUCGAUAUUAAUAAUCCGGAGUCAUGAGUGCUGCUGAAUCUGCGUCUGCUCUGGAGGCUCCGGGUUCGAGCAGCAGGUCGGUUCCUGCGGAGCAUCUGGACUACAGCUUCAUCCAGAGCUGCUCGGACCUCAAACAUCUGGAGCAGAUCCUGAGAGUCCUGCGGUCCGGUCAGGACGGGUUCUACCCUCAUCUGGUUGAGUUCUGUGAGAAGCACAUAGAGAAACUGGACCCAAAGUCUCGAGUCCUCAGGAAGGAGCAUCAAGCCGCCACCGCUGCCAGCUUCUCCACAGAGGAGUGGAGGACCAUCUCUGAAGACCUGCAGAUGUGGGAGAGCAACAUGAGACUGAAGGAAGCGGAGCUGAAGCAGCGGCCCAGAUACAGUGAUGCUGAACACGUGCCGCCGGUUCGAUCCUCAAACAGUCUCGUUCAGAACAGAGUCAGCGCUGCGGUGAAGACUGCGAAAACAUCCCGCGUCCCUCGACCGUACAGAGACUGGGACAGGUUUGAUGUGGACACUGAGUGCUCUAACAUAGAUGAGUGUGACAGAAACACGCGUCACGCUUCCAUGCGUCCAGCCGUGCCUGAAAUCACAGCCACGAUCAACAGCACAGGCCUGACCGCGCAGGAGAAGGAUGUUCUCGCCCGCCGUGAGAAGGACAAAGGCAACGGAGCCUUCAGGAGCGGCGACUAUGAGGAAGGCCGUGGUGUAUUACAGCAGUCUGUCUCUGGGCGCCUUCAGUCGCUUGCUGCUCUCAAUAACCGCGCUCAGGCUCACAUCAGACUGCAGCACUGGAGCACAGCUCUGAGCGACUGUGACGCCGUUCUGCAGCUGGAGCCUGGAAACGUCAAAGCUCUACUCCGUCGUGCCACAGCGCACAAACAUCUGGGUCACCAGCAGCACUCCCACGCUGACCUGAGAGCCGUUCUCCUGAUCGAGCCGCACAACGCCACAGCGCUGAAGCUCCUGAUGGAGGAGACAGAGAGCGAUGGGCAUCAGGAGACACGCCGCACAGGCCGGAAGAUCCUCAUUCAGGAAGUGGAUGAAGAGGACGAGUGCCUGCGGAACGAGAGAGAGAGAAACUACGCUCAGGAUGAAGGCAGAGAGGAGAAGCGGGAGGUUAGCGGGGAAGAGAGUGGAAUCAUGGGAAAUGCACUCAAGAUGCCCGGCUGCGCCAACACGGAGACAGACGCACCGACCAAUGACUGCAGCAGCAGACGAGACGUGACACGUGUCGACGCCCACAAUGAAGCUCCGCCCACUGGACACACCCACCAGAGGAGUGAGGGACACAGACCGUCUGGAGAAACUCUGACAGAGAGACACACACACAACCACUCUGAACACACAUUUGAGCUCCUGAAGCAUGAUGGGAAUGCUCUGGUGCGGAGCGUAUAUCAGGAGGCAGUGGACAGAUACACCGGAUGUCUUCAGCUGAAGCCGCACGAAUGUGCCGUUUACACCAACAGAGCGCUCUGCUACAUCAAACUCCAGCGCUUCACUGAGGCCCGGCACGACUGUGACUCCGCCCUUCAGCUCCAACCCACCAAUAAGAAAGCUUUCUACAGACGUGCACUGGCCAAUAAGGGCCUGAAGGAUUACGCGGCGUGUCGUUCAGACCUGCAGCAGGUGUUGUGUCUGGAUGCGAGUGUGACGGAGGUGGAGCAGCUUCUGAUGGAGGUCACACAACUGAUGACACACAGCAGAGGUUCAUCAGGAACUAGAAGAACCGUCACCAUCACUGAGGUGGAUGAUGAUGAUGAUGAUGAAGAUGAUGAAGAUGAGGGCAGCGAUGCAGUCGUGUCGUCCGUCUCUGUGCGGUCCUGUGAUGUGUUUGAGUUCGGUCAGGUGCUGGGCAGCGCUGUCUCUGGAGGUGACCUGCUGACCUGCGCUGAGCUCCUGCGCUCCGUCGCACCCGAACGCCUGCCGCGGCUCAUCAGCACACAGCUGGACGGACACACGCUGGGCUUCAUCAUACGGGCGCUGAACACACACCUGCUGCACACACACCAGCUGGUGUUCCUGCACCUGCAGCAGCUGCACACGGCACACAGGCUCACGAUGGUGCUGAUGAUGUUGAGCGGUGAGGAUCACACACAGCUCUCACAGAUCUUCCAGAAGCUUCAUGCAGUGCAGACUGAAGCGUUCUCACAAAGUGACGUCUCAAACCUGGCCAACAAAUACCUGUGACGCUCCUUCAGCCUUCCCAUGAUUCCACACUCCUCCUCAGUCGCUGACCCUCGCAGCUGUUUUCAGAAUGAUUGUGUUUCGCUGUGAGAGCAGCUUUAGUUCUGAGUUCUCGAUGUAAGAUGAUUUUAUAAACGAGUGUUCAGGUCAA